AUCAAAAGUCUUCGCAAAGGUGGAAACGUUUGAGCUAGGGAAUGGUUAUGUUUUUGCCGCCAUACGCGCUCUGUCGGAUACGGUCGCGGCUGGAUCCUCAAACAUACCGAACGUAAAUUGCGAGCCGAGAAACCCGCUUCAUAGUGCAUGUAUCACACUCGGACUUGUUGAGCUCGUGGUUAGCAUAAUCAGCGUUCCUUGGGAAGCGUUGCCAAGCUCCACGCCUCGCCAUGUAAGCUGUAUGACGCAGUGGGAAGCCUGGCACCUGCUGGUGAAACUUGCACGCUUUGGUGACAUCCCGGAGCGCAGUCACGUUCUAGACAAACUCAUGGAAGCAGACAUCAUUGCGAUCUGCUUGAGGACAAUGCAACACCGUGCGGUCCGGCUUCGCGGCGUGGCAGCACAGCUCCUCGCUACAUUGAUCGCCGAAUCCUUCCUUUCGGAAAGAGUUUCAGCGAGCUCUGCAGCUGAGAUCCUGCGCUCACUAUACACUCUCGCGCUACAAGACCCUGACUCGUUCUCUGACCAACUGAACGAUCCAGAAAAUCUGUGGCAAGUCUGCCAUGUAGAGCAUUCGUCCUUGGACCAUCCAUGGAACGAGAACGACGAAUCCCGAAGAAUCAUGUCAAUUCGGAGUUUUGGAAAUGUGCAGAAAGCUGCACUAGACGCCGCCCAAAUGUUCUUAACCAUGGAUCCGCAUCCCUCUCAGCAUCGGUACCUCGAUAUUCUCAAACGAAGACCAUCUGUCAUUGAUUUGCUGCUUGACUGCACUCUGAUCGAAAAUCUAGUCGGCGAUCAGGAGAACACUACUUCAUCUUUAGCCUGCGAGAAUCUCGCCGCCUUUUUUAGAUGGCCACCAUACUUGGUUCCCGGCAUUUCGACUCCAAUUGACAAGGCUUACAGCGCAAAAGACCGGAAAGCGCUUACUCAAUCUCUGCAGAUCCUUACCUCUCAACCUGAUUGGACAGAGAGAAUUAUCGAGGCGUGGAUGAAGAGUGAGCCAGAGGCAGAAGACAAUGAAAAACUGCAGCGUGCUAUAUAUGCAGUCAACUCUUUGUACGAUGAGCCCAUGGCCUCUACUUAUGAGGAGACAUGUGCAGCGAGGGCGACAGAAUUCAAUCGCCGCCGUGUAUCUCUUCUCCGUCUCAUUACGACCCUAAGCUAUUGUGCCGAUGGUGCUGGGGUUAGAAAUGUGGAUAUUUAUUCCUUGCUACCAAUUGCGUACCGCGCAAGCUUCAAGAUUAAUGAUCCAAACCGGUGGGAUAUGGACAUUUACGCCUGGCCUAUCUGGGCUCCCCUCAACAAGACGUACGAAAAGGAUCUCGACCCUUUCUAUGUCGCUCCCGAGGUCCUCCAAGGGCCUAUCGCCUUUGCGCGCCUCUUGGUCGUAUUAGCUCAGAGAAACGCUCUCGACAGCAUUCAGCUACUUCAGAAAGCACCCGCAGAUCUAUCUACUACAACAUCUCUGGCCCAGAUACAGCAAAUAACCCACCCGGAUAUCAUUAGACGAUUCUUUCGCGUCGCGUUCUACCGGAUACAGAACUCUCUGAAGAGAGGCAGAGCCAGCACUAGAGACCCUGAUCGCACAGGAACACCGGACGCCGGACUUGCUUACGCAAGCACAGCAGAGCUGACCGCAGCAGUGAUCGCGUUCGACGAUAACACAGGCGGGAAGCACGCUUUGAACGUUCGGAUUGGGGCCAGAGUCAUGCUUGCAAGGCUCCUCUCCUUUGUCAUUGUGGUCGCUAUGACGCGACACAGAUACCGAAGGGCCUAUUAUUGCUCUCUGGCAGCAGCCAGCGUGGCUGAGGGCAUUCCAGGCGACGACAUUCCUGAUUGGGAUGAGACUCUGGCCCGAAUCAGACGCCAGGUUCAGGAGUCCAAAUUCGCGUUAGAGAACCGGGAGAGCAACGACGAUCACUAA